AUGUUUCUAUCCCAAAGCUUGGAUAGGCAUCAGCUAAGUAAUAAAUUUCACAGAAAGGAGAUUUUGCUGCGUAGCACUCAAAAUAAUUGGCAAUAAGCGGUCAAUAGAAAUUAGGUGUCAAAUACACUUCUUGAAAACUUUGUGGAAAACUUUUCUAAUUUAUUUCUUUGUUGGAAAUAUCUUUAUGCGUGGAUACGUCUUAUAUUAUAAGAUAUGCAUACGUAUAACCCUCGUGAUUGAAGAUCUCUAUAUAGAUAUUUUUCAUCAUGUAGAUGCCCAAGGUGAAAAGGUUAAUAACAUAUGCGUUCUGGAGUAUCUUGUCAAGGGUAGUGCGGAGGAACUACAGUUCAAAGUUAGGUCUCAUGGCAAUGCCAAAGAUAAAAAGAAACCUUUCUUCCCUACUAAAAAGACCGUUAUUGAAGGCAUCAGAAGCCAGCAAACGAGGAAGGAAACGCCAAAGGAAACAUUGCAGCAACUUACACGAGAUGCUGGUGGGGUUCUAGGAGCCGAUUCCUCAGACAGUAUAGUAAACAGUAGGCAGCAGAUAUAUGACGCGAGACGUCUUUCAAAGCCUACAUCCUCAGCGGUACUUGCCACUCAAGACUCUUUUGCAGACUGUCUUAGAGCAUCGAAAGAACAAGAGAAGGAUUUUAUAAGACUGUGCCAGGCCCACCCCGAAGAACUGUAUGUUGUUUAUGACGACAGGCGAAUAAACGACUUGGCACGAUUUUGUACGAGCCCGAUUCAAAGCAGUUUGAUGUCCAUCGAUCCGACAUUUGAUUUUGGCAAGUUUGCGGUCACACCUAUAACAACCCAUCAUCUUAUGCUGAAAAGCCGACAAACUGGAAAUCACCCA